GGUACUAGUUUUACAACAAAUAGUGUUUAAGAUGAAGCUUCGCUCGUUUUUUUUAAUCAAAACUAUGAACCUGCUAUCAAAAGACACAUUGUCGUUGUAUUGGCACUUGUAAAAGCCAUUGAAGGGCUUGUACCUAUAGAUUCGGUUCAAUAGCCGGCUGUGUUAGAGUCUAUAAAACUACGAUGGUGCUUGAUGGAAACUUUCUAAGCAACCGGUGGAGGGCUGACAUAUUGACAAAAGCUGUUUGAACAAAAACUUGCAAUGAGGUUAACACUCGGUGUCAUUCUGGUCACGGUAAGCAUAACUGAUAUCUUCUCAUAUGAAAUGGUCUGUUCCAUCUUUGGGGCUGCCCAGUGUAGUUUAGUGAAUUACUAUCUGUUUAAGGAUCGGGUAUUUUUUGUUAAUGUGUAGUGAAAUAAUGCUACGCCGUAUUAACAAAAAUUAUUUUGUGGCUUGUUUUUAUAUUUCUGUGUGUCUUGCUGGCUUUUUUUUUUUAGCAGAGUCAAAGUAUGUGUGCAUUGCAUAUAAUAUAAGUAGACACUGCGUUUGCUUAUGUUUGUCGUAAAUAAAGUUUUGUCUACUGACAUGGCAGCUCCUCCAGAGUAUCAUACACAAAAUUAACAUACUCAUUUUUAAUAUAUUAAACUUGGUAGGUUGUUUUUUCUUUUUGUAACUAAGACUAAGACUUGUAUUUGCUGAGACUGACAAAUAUUCGUUAUAAACGACUAAAUAAUAUAGAAAGUAAAAAAAAACCACGAAAACUCAAAAUUGUUUGAAUGCAAUAUUUCAAACAGGUGAUAUCAACAGUCGUUGCCAGUGUAAGGCUCAUCAAGGUGAGAUGUUGCAUCAUUUUAAAAAAACCAAAACAAAAAACAAAAAACAAAAACUGAGCACAAAAAUAUGUUGUAUUUAAAAUGAAAUUAAAUAUUAUGACUAAAACAUAUUAUUUCAAAUCAAAGAGCUAUUAGCCAUGUAUUUUUCCAAUGGCAAUGUUUUACAGAAGAAGUUCUGGGCAGAAUGUAUUUUGUUAAACUCUAUAAAACAGAUUUCAGCUAGGUCUAUGUUCAAUUGGAAUCCUUUGGCUAUAUAGAGUGCUAAUCUACACGUCUGCACCGACUCUCUUUGCGUAAUCCAUUUUAAGAAAUCGUAAAUGAUUUAAAUUAUUUUAUUUUCUUUAAUGUGUUUAGACUAAACACUUGUUUGGUAUAAAGUCUUUUUCUAUUUAAUUUAUUUUUUCUUUUUUUUAAUUUAUUAUUUGUUUAAAUUAUCUCUUACAAUGCCAUGCACUACUUUGGCAGACCGCACCGCCGGCGCCUACUGCCGAUCCAAAUAAAUGCGGAGGCUGCCUGACCGGACAGGUGUGUAAGGUCUUCUACCCGCCAGGGGGCAGUCCAUCACCUGAUUGUCCGGCAUGUGCUGGGACACGUCGACCUGUGUACAUCUGCAUUGACGAGCUGCCCGUGAGUACUUCAUGCAGUUGCAGUUGUUUGUUGGAGUUUUUUCCAAAUAAGGUGAAGUGUUAAAAUGUACUCUGGUACGCAUAGUAUUAGUUUAAGCCAAAUCAUCCGGUUUGAUGAGGUGGAUCAUUGCAAUCAUCUUUUCCAAAGAAGGUGAACAGUUAAAAGGUCUCCUUGUACGCAUAAAGUACUAUUUUAAACAAAAUAGUAACGUUUGAUUUUUUAAAUAUUUUUUGAGGGUUGGGUUGGGGGGAUGAUACUUGGACUAAUCCUUUUCAACAACAUAUGACAUGAAUUAUCAGUUUAAGUCAUCGGGGACGAAACAUGGAUUUUGAUUGGCAAUACUGUAAACUAUGAACUAUGAACCAUUACGACGGCCUAAAUAUUUAUAAUUCUCACAGUAGUCUUUUUGUUUCAUAUUACUGAACAUCAGCUAAAAACGAAUCAUUUUGUGUGGGGUCUUCUUUUUUUAUUAAUUUUUUUUUUUUGGUAAAGUUUUAUCACCGUUAACAUGUUAUAUUAUAUUUGCACACUGUGUCCGGAAGAAAAGGCAACCCAUUUGAUAACAAUGAAGGACACUUGAAAAUUGGCAACAUUUAAAAACAAAAACACAAAAAACAUCAUACUCUUUUUCAUCCUGUCGUAUUUAGUAUAGUUUAAUAUUUAAAAAAUUAACAUUAUGUUAGAAAUAAAAUAAAUUUGAUUUUUUUUUUAAUUGAUAAAGAUGUGUAUAUAUGUGUAUAGUUACUUAGUCAUUUUAAUAUAACUAUAUGUAAAAUAUACGUUGAUUUGAAUGAUGAGUGGGGAAAAAAAGGGGGGGGGGUGUAAAUCUAUUUAAAAAACUUCCUUUUUUUUUUCUUUUUUUUUUCUUUUUCUUUUACAGGAGCACUUAAUUGAUCCGAAGCAACCCCCUCUUGCGAAAUAAUGAAGGGCUACAUCGGUGGACCCCACGCUGUGCAAUAGUGAGACUCAUUGAUAGUGAUUGCUUGUUAUUAAAAAAAUAUAUAGCUUAAAUGUGAAGCAAACGAAAUGAAAUCGUUUAAAAGUGAUUAUUGAGUUAAAAAUAUUUGUUAAAAAAAUACUUUUGAUGAUAACAUACAAAUUGACUUAACUCAAUUGUAUUUCACGGC